UUCGACAUAGUGGGUAUAGCAGAAACAAAUUGUGGUAAAAACAAGGGGCAGUGGUAUAAAGACAAUAAGGAUAAAUUUCGUAUCCACUGUUUGGGUAACGGAAAAGGAACUGGAGUAGCUUUAAUAAUUUCAAAAACACUAAAUAAGUAUGAUUGUAAAAAAAGAGAAUAUAAGAGUAGAGCAAUUUGCGUAGAUCUAGUUCUUCCAAAAAAAAUGACAAUCUGCGUAAUGCAAAUUUAUCUACCAAGUAAAAAAAGUGACAAAGUUAAUGUAAUUAACUCGAUUAAAAUUCAAUUAAAUGAAGCUCAAAGGAAAAAGGAAAAAGUUAUCGUGAUGGAAGAUUUUAAUGCAGUACCGUCACCGGCAAUAGAUCGAAAUAACAAUAGUUACUCACAAUUUCCAGAAAGUGAAAUCUUUCCACUGCUAAGUAGUCAUGAUCUAAUUGAUUGCUUUAGAAUAAUGUUUCCAGAAAACACAGGGUAUACAUGGAAAAGAGAUAACUCAAAUGAGGAAAGUAGAAUUGACGCAAUUUGGAUAUCACACAGAUGGAGUGAUAAAAUUACGUCAUGUUUCUUAGACGACAUUAAGUUAAUAACAAGUAGUGACCAUAAACUCUUAGGUGUGAAAAUGUUGAAAAAGUGGCAAAUAAAAGAAAAAGAUGAGGAAAUUUACUCUAACGGACCUAAAUAUAAUAUGAAGCUGAUGGAUAAGAAACAAUGGCUAAAAUUUGCAGAGUUGGUAAAUGUAGAGAGAUCUUUGACUCCAAAUAUAAUCAAAGAAUUUCGCAUUGCAAAAUCAUUAAAUAAGGUAUAUAAACUAUUUAACAUGGAACAAGCAAAAUCAAUUAAAACAAUUAAAAACAGUGAAACUUUUAAAAAAGAAGAAAGAAAACUGAACAUGCUAAAUUAUAGCAUGGAAAAAAUCUUUAGCAGAAACAAUACAAAUAAUUUUGAAAUACGAGAAGAGCUAAAAGCGGAAAGUCUAGUUCAUCAAAAAAUUGCCAAAGCAAAAGAAAAAAGUGAAAUAAUAAAACAAAUACAAAAAGCAAUUGAAAAAAAAUGGGAAGAUCUAAAAGAUAAUCCGAAGUAUAUAAUAAGUAGCAUAUUAGAUAAACCACGUAAAUCAAUAGUAAUGGAUCGAAUUGUAAAAGAGAUAUCAGAUAACAAUACAAUUAUAAUCAUAGAAGGUAGUGAAAUUAAAGAACUGGUAAAAGAACAUUUUCACAAUUGGAUGAGAAAAAGAACCACGGAUGCCGAGUUAUUCAAAAAAUAG